CAGGACUACUGGUCUACUGGAGCAGGACUACUGGUCUACUUGAGCAGGACUGGUCUACUGGACCAGACUGCUGGACCACUGGAGCAGGACUGGUCUACUGGAGCAGGACUGGUCUACUGGAGCAGGACUACUGGUCUACUGGAGCAGGACUACUGGUCUACUUGAGCAGGACUGGUCUACUGGUCUGCUGGAGCAGGACUGGUCUACUGGACCAGACUGCUGGACCGGACUGCUGGUCUACUGGAGCAGGACUGGUCUACUGGUCUACUGGAGCAGGACUACUGGUCUACUUGAGCAGGACUGGUCUACUGGAGCAGGACUGGUCUACUGGACCAGACUGCUGGACCGGACUGCUGGUCUACUGGAGCAGGACUGGUCUACUGGUCUACUGGAGCAGGACUACUGGUCUACUUGAGCAGGACUGGUCUACUGGAGCAGGACUGGUCUACUGGACCAGACUGCUGGACCGGACUGCUGGUCUACUGGAGCAGGACUGGUCUACUGGUGCAGACUGCUGGACCGGACUACUGGUCUACUUGAGCAGGACUGGUCUACUUGAGCAGGACUGGUCUGCUGGUCUUCUGGUUUCUAUUAACUGGUUCCUGCUGUUGGCUGUGUUGACCUCGGACCUUCACCAUGAGCUCCAGGGUGUGCAGGACCUGUGGGGGGUCCGACAUAGACGUGGAUCAGGCCCGGGGCAGCGCGGUGUGUACCAGCUGUGGUUCGGUUCUGGAGGACAACAUCAUCGUCUCCGAGGUUCAGUUCGUGGAGGGAAGUGGAGGAGUUUCUUCUGCUGUGGGACAGUUUGUCUCUGCUGACGGUCCAGUUAAGGCUCCCCUUCUUGGUUCUGGUUUUCACACCAGUGUUGGAAAAGAGUCCAGGGCCCAGACCCUGCAGGGCGGUAAGCGUCAGAUCCAACAGCUGGGCAGUCAGCUUCAGCUGAACCAGCACUGUUUGGACACGGCCUUCAACUUCUUCAAGAUGGUCGUCAGUAAACAUCUGACGCGAGGACGCAAGACGGAGCACGUCAUCGCCGCGUGCCUCUACCUGGUGUGUCGCACCGAGGGGACGCCACACAUGUUGCUGGACCUGAGUGACCUGCUGCAGGUGAACGUUUACAUUCUGGGGAAAACCUUUCUGCUGUUGGCUCGUGAGCUCUGCAUCAACGCUCCGGCCAUCGACCCUUGCCUUUACAUCCCUCGUUUUGCUCACAUGUUGGAGUUUGGGAUGCAGACUCAUGAGGUUUCCAUGACGGCUCUUCGUCUGGUCCAGAGGAUGAAGAGGGACUGGAUGCACACAGGACGCCGGCCGUCCGGACUCUGUGGAGCAGCUCUCCUGGUGGCAGCUCGGAUGCAUAAGUUUCGUCGUACGGUGAAGGAUGUGAUCAGUGUUGUGAAGGUCUGCCAGACCACUCUGAGGAAGAGAUUAACAGAGUUUGAGGACACGCCCACCAGUCAGCUCACCAUCGAUGAGUUCAUGAAAGUAGAUCUGGAGCAGGAAUGUGAUCCACCCUCCUUCACCGCCGGACAGCACAAAGUCAAGAUGCAACAGCUGGAACACGAGCUGGCCAGGAAGCUGGAUGAGGUCGAAGGAGAGAUCAGCUGCUACAAAGACGAGAUUGAGACAGAGCUGGAAAAGAGCCGACCUAAACUGAGAGGAAUCUACGCCGCCUACACCAAAGAAAUCGACCCUGAUGACGUCGAGGUCUCCUCCCUCACCUCUGAACCUGAGGUGCCGGAGGUCGAAGACGCCGAUCUCCAAGCCGCCGCUCAACACCUGACCCAGAACUUCCUGUGUGAGGUGAUCCAGGAGGAGGAGGGGCAGGAAAAAAAGAUGGAUGACAGUGAGCAGGAGGAGGAGUCAGACAAGAAAGGGGAGGGGCCUCACCGUCAGGUUGCUCCUCUGGCCGUCAUCCUGGGAAAACUGCCGAAUGCAGCCAGCCUGAGCCUCCAACAGACCUUCCAGACCUUCACUGGGUCGGAACCAGAAGACGAGCAGUCGGAGAGUGGAGAAUUGGACCUGAAGGAUAUCGAUGAUCAGGAGAUUGAUAAGUAUAUCCUGAACGAUCGGGAGGUCCAGGUGAAGACGGAGCUGUGGAUGAAGCAGAACGCAGAAUACCUGAGAGAGCAGAAAGAGAAAGAAGAGCGGAUUAGGAAAGAGAAGGAACAGGGGACGUAUAAAGAGAAGCCGAAGAAGUCCAAGAAGAAGAAGGAGCAGAUCCCGGCGUCGACGGCGGGCGAGGCCAUUGAGAGGAUGCUAGAGAAGAAAAAGAUCUCCAGUAAGAUCAACUACGACGUCCUCAGGGACCUGAACAGCAGAGGGACUGGAAGGGGGGGCAGCAGUCCCAGUCCAGCGUCCUCCGACCCCGACAUCGCUGCCGCUACACGGAGACGACUCAACCGCCGCCGCCGCAGGAAGACCAGCGAUGCUAACAGAGACCUCGCUGCUACCACUGGCAUCAUGGGGAAGAGGGUCCGACUCCUUUUGUCCUCCACAUCAAAGAAGAAGAAAGUAGCCGUACAGGCAGAAAACACUGUCACCAUGACAACAGAUGCAACAACAGAGGCUUCAUCUGAAGGGACUCCUGGCCCUGAAGCAGACAGCAGCUCCACCCCUGCUGCCCCAGCCCCUGUGGUGGAGGAGGAGGAGGAGGAAGAGGAGGUGGAGGUGGAGGAGGAGUGUGUCAGCGCUCUGCAGCUUGUAGGGGAUUACGGCUGUGAUGCAGAGGAGGAGGAAGUCUUCUAGCUCCGUCCUGAUGACCUUUGACCUCCAGUGAAACGGAUCAAUGUUACAGAAAUCAAUGACCAAUAUCAGUGAUCAGUCAAACAAGUUGUGAUAUCAUUGAUGAGAAGGUAUCAUUGGGAUAAAAAACCCUUUUUAAUGAUAACUGAUCAUUUUGAUAGAUUUUAUAACACUGAUCGAUUAAAGUUGUAGAUUUUAGAUGUUUGUGUAUUUUUUUAUUGAUCCAUUUGAAUGUAAAUAUAAAACUCACAUUCCUGUAAAAUAUGAAAUCCUUCCAAAUUCAAAUGGCUUUAAUGCACUUUGAACUGUUUGUGUAGUUGGUAUUUUUACCGUGUAUUUUUGUUGUAAAUGUGUGUACUCUGUGUACUUGUUGUUUCUGAUAAGAGUAAAAAACAUUGUCAUGUUGUAAAAAAAGAAAAAUACACUU